ACGAAAAGAGAAAGUAGAAAAAUGGCUCAUCUGUCAUCCCGAACUUUACAACAAUUUUCAAAAAUUGUGACACGAGGGUCGGCGUUCAAAGCGUUUCACACCCACCAGAAUUUGUCAGCUGGAAAAUGGAACAUUGGCAAGAUCAAUCAUGUUGCAAUAGCAACUCCAGAUAUUGAAAAAGCAGCUUCAAUGUUUAGAGAUGUUCUAGGAGCCAAAGUCAGUGAAAAGCAUCCUCAACCAGAUCAUGGAGUAUAUACAGUAUUUGUUGAGCUAGGGGAAACAAAGAUAGAGCUCUUAAACCCACUGGGAAAUAAAAGUCCAAUUCAGAAUUUUCUGGACAAAAACAAAAGUGGUGGUAUGCACCAUAUUUGCAUUGAGGUUGAUAAUAUAAAUGAAGCGAUGAAGGAUCUAAAAUCUAAGGGUAUUCGACUUUUAAGUGAAGAAGCCAAGAUAGGAGCCCAUGGUAAACCUGUGGUAUUUCUGCACCCUAAAGACUGCAAUGGUGUGUUAGUGGAGCUGGAGCAAGUUUGAAGAGAUUGUGCUAUUAAUGAGAUAUUUAGUUUUAAUGAUUUGAGUUGACAGAACAGCGGAUAUAUUUGAGACAUAAUGUUUGCUUCUUGAUAAAUGUUUUAGUGCUGUGGCUUUGGUACAUGAGUAUAAUUAUUUGCACUAUAAUCCUUUGGCCAGAAAAUUUUUCAUAUUUAUGUAUAACGAAGUACAUGCACAUGCAGUAUUAAAUAUAAUAUAACUAUGAACAUGCACAUGUAGAUUUAAAUAUACAAUGUAGUGGGCAUUGCAAAAAAGACAAUAAUGCAUGUAUGCAACAAACUGCAAUUUUAACUACUACUUUGCUUAAUAAAAAUUCUCCAAAAGGGAAUACAUUUGGAACAAUUUAUAUUUAAAGAAUUUUUUAUUAUAUAUGUACAUGUUAAAUAUCAGUUUAGGUAUUUGAGAUUAGAUUACGGUAUGUUGUGUCACUGAUACUCUAAGUAUUAGUGAAAAUUGUUACAUUUCACUACAUGUAUUUAUGUAAAUUUUCAGAAUAAUCAAGAGCUGACUAGGUUUGUUUUAUAUAUGAUUUAUCCCUUAAUUCACAAAUAAAUAGUGCUAUUUUGAA